GUGACAGACACUUAUUUAAAGACCCUUCUUUUCCAGCAAUUGUCGUAUUCUCCUGCUUUAUUUUUAAAAGAAAAUGUCUGCAACGGCCGUGUUAACACCUUCCUUCAGUCCCUUUGCUGUCAAUACUUCAGAUUGCGUUAUUGAUGACGUGUCCAAUGACCGAUUUGCAUUUUUAUACAAACUCAAGCAAGAAAAGCUCUCUAAUAUUCGACCUUUGGGCGAGUUUUUUGAUAGAAAUCGAUUUAAGUACACAACAUCAUUCCAGCUUAUUAGUCAUAGAUGGAACUACAAUCUGCAAUAUUUUGCAUCCAAUUAUUUCUUAGUCAUGCUUGGUUUAGCCAUUUAUUCAGUGCUUACAGACUGGUUCUUAUUGUUUACAAUCGGAUUUAUCUUCGGAGGAUUUUACAUGAUUUCAAAGCUGGGAACAAGUGGGCCAAUUAAUAUCGCUGGUGUUAUGACCUUAUCCGCCUCAAACCUGUACGUAACUUAUGCAUGUGGCUCGCUUGUGCUGCUCUUAUUUUCUGGUGCAACAGGUGCCAUAUUCUGGAUUAUUGGUGCUAGUGCAUUACUAAUCUUGGGGCAUGCAGCUGUAAUGGAACCAGGAAUUGAAGAAGGGUUUUCGGAUGAAGUAUGAUUCGCUCCCUU